AUGCACAGGGCCAGUCUUGCUGUACAUCAGAGAAUCCGCAUUGGGAAGAAACCUUAUGAAUGCAACCAAUGUGGAAAGAUGUUCCGUCACAGUUCAAGUCUUGCUGUACAUCAGAGAAUCCACACUGGGGAGAAACCUUAUGAAUGCAACCAAUGUGGAAAGAUUUUUGGUCAUAGUUCCAGUCUUGCUGUACAUCAGAGAAUCCACACUGGUGACAAACCUUAUGAAUGCAAGCAGUGUGGAAAGACAUUCAUUCAGAGCUCCCGCCUUGCUGUUCAUCAGAGAGUCCACACUGGGGAGAAACCUUAUGAAUGCAAGCUUUGUGGAAAGACAUACAAUCAGAGCUCCAGUCUUGCUGUACAUCAGAGAGUCCACACUGGGGAGAAACCUUAUGAAUGUAAGCAAUGUGGAAAGACAUUCAGUAUCAGCUCCUGUCUUGCUGUUCAUCAGAGAAUCCAUACAGGGGAGAAACCUUAUAAAUGCAAGCAAUGUGGAAAGACAUUCAGUCUGAGCUUCAGUCUUGCUUAUCAUCAGAGAAUCCACACUGGUGAGGAACUUUAA